GUGGUUUUCAUUUUCAAUUUACGAAUCACUCGUAAAGAUUUAAAAUUUGUAUCCAAGAAAAUUUAUGAUAAACUAUGUCAUCUGUGUAUGAAAAUAUGCUAUAAAUGUGUUUUUUUCAAUUUAGUAUGCCAAUUUUAUAGUAUUUUUCUUUACAGCUUAUUUAAGUGAAAUUAUUAGAAAACGACGCUCACGUCUUUUGCUAGAAAGAAGCUUGGCCGCCAUGUCUAUGUUCGGCUGCGUCUUUGUAAUUCGUGCUGUGCUGUUCUUUAUUGUUUAAAAAGACAGUGAUUGUGUUGUUUUGAAGCCAUGAAGUACCUUUAAUUGUUAUUAACUAUGAACUUGGACUUUGUGUGGAGUGUUUGAUCUAUGAGAACAAAUCAAUAGAUGCCUUGUGGGGAAGGUACUCCCGACAUCCCGACAUCGUAUUUUUAGUUCGUCCGCCAUAUUGGCGUUAAUAUCUUUUCAACACGAGUUCUACUCUGCUGUCUAACCAAGGAUAAAAGGAAGUACUUAGGUGCUAAUUAAAACUACUACCAAAGAAGGUAGUAAAUACUUGUUUAUGAAUGAUAUCAAUUUUAUGAUGGUGCACUAGCACCUAAAGCAAUAUUAUUAUGAUAGUAAAUUAUUGUGUCAUCAGAGGAGGAUUCAGCUGAUGCCUCAGAGUAAGAAAUUGGAUGAACCUCUUGUUACAAUUGAGGUAGAUUGCUGAUUCCAGCACAAUGCAGCAAGCUGUUGAUCCACUUGCUACAACCAGUACGCCUACGGCGGAACCGGUCAAUGGGGCGCCGCCUGAAGAGGCCCCGCGAAGACAAGGGCGAGUGACCAAUCAACUGCAGUUCCUUCAAAAAACUGUUAUGAAGGCUGUUUGGAAACACAAGUUAGCAUGGCCCUUUCAUCAACCGGUGGACGCAAAAAAACUAAACCUCCCAGACUACCACAAAAUUAUAAAAAAGCCUAUGGAUUUGGGUACUAUCAAAAAACGCUUAGAGUCAAAUUACUAUUAUUCAGCGCAAGAAUGCAUUCAAGAUUUCAAUACAAUGUUCACCAAUUGCUAUGUAUACAACAAACCUGGAGAAGAUGUGGUCAUCAUGGCUCAAACUUUAGAAAAGCUGUUUUUAAACAGGAUAGCGUCGAUGGAGAAAGAGGAAAAGGAGAUCGAAUUACCGUCUAAGGGGGCCAAGGGUGUCGCCAAGAAGCGGCCUGUAGUCCCGGGGGCCACGCCGACUGUGACGACUCCGGGGCCCGCGGGCGCGCCCCGAGCGCCUGUCAAGACGAUAACGGCGCCGCCGCACCCGGCCCUCUUCCCGCCCAACACCGUUGCACCCACGGUGCCCGCGCCGGCGGCGACUCCCCCGGCCACGCAUACUGGCCUACCACAGCAGGUGGCGACACAGCCUUCUAGUUUUCAUGUGGCACAACCGGCGGCACCUCCCGUCUCCAGCAUUCCUACAGUCGCGUUGUCCCAAACUCAACCUGCUAAGGUAAAAAAGGGUGUAAAAAGAAAAGCUGACACUACUACUCCCAUGGGCAGUUCAUUUGAAGGUGGUUAUACUACUCCUACUAUUGAUCAACAAAGUGGUCCUAAACCUGCAAAAAUUUCAACCAGACGAGAAAGUGGUCGCCAGAAGAAGGUUAGUCGAGCAGGCGAGGAUGGGUUUAAAAUGGGAGGUCUUUCUCCGGGUGUAGGUGGAGCUGGUGCAUCUCAUCAUUCAGUAAUGACACCUCAACUUGCCAAAAGCAAGGAAAAGUUAUCUGAUGCAUUAAAAAGUUGUAAUGAAAUUUUAAAAGAAUUAUUCUCAAAGAAGCAUUCUGGAUAUGCCUGGCCAUUUUAUAAACCAGUUGAUGCGGAAUUGUUGGGACUACAUGAUUAUUUUGACAUUAUUAAGAAACCUAUGGAUCUCGGUACUGUAAAGCAAAAGAUGGACAAUAGGGCAUAUAAAACAGCCGCAGAAUUUGCUGCUGAUGUUCGUUUAAUAUUUACAAACUGUUACAAGUACAACCCACCGGAUCAUGACGUUGUAGCAAUGGCAAGGAAGUUACAAGACGUUUUCGAGAUGAGAUAUGCUAAGAUUCCCGAUGAGCCCGUCCAUGUGGGUGUGCCACAUAUGGAUAAAGGAAGCUCUGCUUCAAGUUCAGAAUCCGGUUCAGAGUCAGAUUCAGAGUCCGACGACUCAGAAGAGGAGAGAACUAACAAAGUCAAACUUCUAGAAAAAGAACUUCUCGCCCUUCAAGAGAAAAUGAGGAAGCUAGUUGAAGAAUCUAAUACUAAGAAGAAGGCAAAGAAGAAAGUUAAGGACAAAUCUGCGAAAAAGCAGAUACCCAAUCCGAGUGUUCCAAAGGCGAAUGCUGCUGCAGCUUACGGAACAAAAGCCAACAACAUCGCAGAGAAUUUAGGUGCGAGUGGACCACGCGGCAAGACGGGCCGGUCGCGCGGCGGCGGGGGCGGCGGUGCGGGCGGCGGCGCGGCGGGCGGUGGCAAGGCUGGUGCGCGCGGGCCCCCCGCUGGCAAGAAGAAGGGCUCCACGCCCACCGCCGCGCCCGCGCCGCACCAGCCCCCGCACCCCGACUCGGAGGACGAAGACGUCGCCAAGCCAAUGUCCUACGACGAGAAGCGGCAACUCUCGCUCGACAUCAACAAGCUGCCCGGCGACAAACUUGGCAAGGUUGUGCACAUAAUCCAGAGCAGAGAGCCCUCAUUACGGGAUUCUAAUCCAGAUGAAAUUGAGAUAGACUUCGAAACACUCAAACCUUCAACAUUAAGAGAACUAGAAAAUUAUGUUGCAUCAUGUCUACGGAAAAAGACACGUAAGCCCCAUUAUCGUAAAAUGUCAGGUAAAUCUAAAGAUGAACAAAUGGCUGAUAAAAAACAAGAAUUAGAAAAAAGAUUGCAAGAUGUAUCAGGUCAACUAGGAACAAGUAAGAAACAACAGCAAAAGAAAGAAGGAGUCAAAGAUGGCCUUGGGGGAGGCAUGUCCUCUUCUUCGAGCUCAUCAGAUUCGUCCAACUCUUCUUCAAGUACCGACACCAGCUCUUCUGACAGCAGUGACAGUGAAGCAGGCACGGGCUCCGGACGAACACCGAAAAAGAAAGCAAAGAAGCAGACGCAGCAUCACCAGCCUCAAGUUAAGAGCGUGCCUCCGGUGACGGUUCCCGUGUCGGCGCCGCCGGUGUCGGUGAGCGAGACGCCGGCGGCGGCGGCGGCGGCGGGCGAAGAGAUCAAAAGCAAGCCGGCGGACAGCGCCCCGCCUGUGUCCGCGCCUCCGGUUGCGCCCGACUUGAAGCCACAAGAGGCGCCGCCAGCACCACCAACGUCCGUCACAGCGACCCUACCCGCCCCCGCCCCCGCACCCGCACCCUCACCUGCCGUCCCCCUCACCACUCACCCCGCCGCACCGCCGAUGCCCGACUCCUCUAUCACCACGCUCCCGGCAGAAGUCCACGAACAGAAACCUACCGUCAAAGCCGAACCCCGCAACGGACUCGACAAAGUGGACCCCUCGCACUACAUCGACCCUAUAGAACGAUCUCUCGCCAGCUUGGAGAGGAGCCUCAACGCCGACGUGCCCAUGGACGUGAGCGUAGGCGUUUCCGAGUCGUCGAUGCGGCUCGAGGAGGAGUUCUCUUUGCCCAAAACGCCCAUGAUGCCGGACGCGACGCAUCAGAACCUCAUGGCUCAGUUGGGCGGUUUGACCGAGAUGGCAGCUCAUGUACCUGAACAAAUUAAAAAUGAAAUGUAUGUGCCACCACACAAUGGGUUCGUAGAAAAGAAUAUGCCCCAUGAACGCGAAUUGUUACGACCCGAUAUGAAUCCUAAUAUACCUGAUAUAGCUAGCACCGUAGCACCUGUGUCUUCGAUCUUUGAUCCCAUCCCCUCUGCUCCGCACAGUGUGAUCGCCCAGUCUCAUCACAAUAUGUCCGCAGCUCCCUGUCUUGUUCCACCUGUUGUAAAGAAGGAGGAGAUGAAGCCCCUUCUUACGCCUAAACCUAUAGAAGAUCUCAUUGGUGUCUCCAAUAAAAUGUAUGAUAGAGCAACAAAAUAUGAAAUGGAUAAAAAAAUGGAAGACGUCAAGAAUUUAAAUUUUGUUCAAGCCUUCAAAAUGAAACAAGAGCAAAAUCUUAAAAACGCCAGUUCGUGGUCUUCUUUGGCACAAGCUGGAAGUCCACAGAGUAUACCUAAUAUGGGCACUAACAACCAAAUGAAACAGAAGCCUGUUAUGGACAGUUUUCAGGCAUUUAAAAAGCAAGCAAAAGAAAAGAUUGAUAGACAGCGAGCGUUAAUAGAGCAACAAGAAUUACGAAAAAAGGAACAAGCUGAAAGGGAAAGACAACGACAGGAAACAGAACGAAGACAUCCUGACGAUGAAAAAAUGAGGGGGCCGGUGCAAGGUGUCCGCAAGCCUGAGAGCGCGGAAGUAGCGUCGCCGAGCGUGUCGCCGGUGGCGCGCGCGUCGCCGCCCGCCGCCGUGGCCGCCGCCGCCGCCGCCGCGCCCGACAAGCCCGCCGCCAGCGAGCGCGAGCGCCUGCGCCAGCGGGAGCAGGAGCGCCGCCGCCGCGAGGCCAUGGCUGGACAAAUAGAUAUGAAUUUGCAGAGUGAUUUAAUGGCUGCAUUUGAAGAAUCAUUGUAAUUAUUAUCAAGGACGAUAUUAUCACUAUGUACAUACAAGUAUGUAAUUAAUUUUGAAUACUAUAGCAAUGCAAUUGAUAUAUAAAUAGGACGGUGAAAUGACACCAAAGUGAUUGUGAUCGUUUUGUGUGUGGAACGUUGACUAACAUGUGGUUAAGUGCUGUGAAUAGAUAUACUUAUUUUAAAUUAAACUGUUGUACCAUCUAAUAUAGACUUUCGCGGUCGUGUUAUGGGCCUUUAGGGGGUUGCAUUUUAAAUAAUGUGUAAUAUAAGUUUGUCUGUAAGUUCUUAUAGUAAACAACUCUCUUACAUUCGUAUGCCUAUUAUAUUUAUAUUUCGUUCUAGAAGCAUCUUCUAUCUUCCGUAAUUGUUUUAUAGUAUGUACUAAUGCCUAGUGUGGUAGUGAUUGAAUUUGAAAAAGAAUCAGAAAUGAUUUAUUUUAUGUAAUUGAUGAAUAGACAAUCAACAAAACCGUGAAAUCUGUUAAAUUGUCCAUGCCCUUUUUCAUUGCAUGGCAAUUAAUGUAAUGUAGUCAUCACAGUUAUGUUAAAUAAGACAUUAUUACUUACUGUUUAUAUUAAAUAUAUUAUUCUAGACUGGAUCUUUUGUGCAAUGAACAAGGUUAUGGAUUUUGUAUUUAUUACUAGAUUGAAUUUCUGUUACGUAUUCGAUUUUCGAUAAAUAUUACUUGAUGUUAGUAGAUUUUUUAUCAGUCUGUCACUCGAAGCAGAUCAAAUGUCAUACAUUUGAUUUGAAAUAUAUUUAUUUUACAUUGGAAUAUGUCUUUUUAUGUUGUAGAUAGAUAAAACCAGAGGACAAAAUAAAGUACAGUAAUUACCAAUUUCCACAUGAUCAAUAAGAGGACUAUGAUAUUGCAAACGCAACACAAACAUUGUAUAUUGUUAAGCAGAUUUUAAUUUCAGCCAUUUACUCAAAACUUUAAAAUCAACAAUGUAGAUAAUAUGAAAUAAAUAUAUUGACAUUCCACAUUGUAACAAUGUUGUUUAAAUUGGUAUAAUGUAUAAAUCAUACCUUCUAUAGUUAGGUAUGAUAAUAACAUAAACAGAAGGGAUCCAAAUGAAUUAAUAAGCUUUACCUAUAUCAAAAAUAUAAUACUUAAUAAUGUUAAUGAUCAAGACGAAGGCUUUCUAAUUGCCAAUGAUCGGGUCGCAGUGGGGUAUCAUGAAUAGGCCUACAAUGGGUGAACCCGGGCUUAUGAUAAAGAAGAAGAAUGAUCAAGACUUGAUAAUUUCUCUGUAGUGUUCUAAUUGCUAUAUAAUUAUUAUUGGGCUAUAGAAAUUGAUCUACUAUAAAUUUUCGCAGUAACUUUUACAUAUAUAAUAAAAUAUCGAUAAUAAUUAUUUUAGAUAACACGUAAAACGUUUUAGUUACAAUUUAUCGUGGAACACACGUGCUUUUCUGAAAAAAUAAAACUCACUCUUCACUGCGGAAUCCCCGUGCGAUUUGAAAUAGAAUAAAAAAUUUCAAAUGUCACCGCGGAUUUAAAAUGUGAAAUGUGAGUGUUCUUACAGAAUGCACUGGCUGUACUCGAUUGUGCGCGAGAAUCGACCUGGCUACCUUAUAGUCCGGUCAUAUUAGCUUCAAAAAUAGGGUAAAGGUUAGGUAAAUCAAUUCGCACCUAGCUGAAAAUUGGCAUGAAUGUUGGGAACCCUAUUACACACAAUUUGUCAAUUAUCCACAUGAAUCUGUCGUGGCCAUAUCGUACAUUUGAUCACUUCAUGAAAUGCUCGAGAAUUUCAUGAAAUGGUCACAUUUCAUGAUGUGGUGAACUUAAUUUGACCAGAUCAUUAAGGCACUUUGCAGACGACGGGGCGGGGCGGGCCGGUCAAUUUCGCCGCGAAUAAUAGCACAAAGUGAAUCCUAUACUUCAAACGCACACAGAGGGCAAAAAGACCGCGGUGACCGGCGGGCAGUGGCGGCGCGGCAUGUCCGCGGCUGCCCGCCGUGGAUCAUACAAACCAGUUUAUAUGCAGUAACGCAGACGGCGGCGCGGGGCGGUCAGCUCAGUCCGCGUCACGCGCUUAUUAGUGAUGGACUAUUCACAAGAACGAACGUCUUGAACUGACCGCCUCUGUCCGUCGUGUGCUUUGUGUACGCGGCGCGGGCAGCCGCAGACAUCGACGGGCAGACGCGGUCUUUAUUGCUUCGCGGACAAAAUGCCCGCCCCGCCCCGUCGUCUGCUCAACGCCUAAAUC